AUGCGCGUCCUUUCUCUUAUAGCUUCAGCUAGCGCGUUAGCCGCUGGUGUCUUUGCCGCGCAGCAAUCUUCCGAGGAGAGAUUCAUCAAGUUCAGCCGUCUCGCUCGCGUCUCGACUCCUCUCCAACUCAACGAUGUUUCGUACAAGUCAUUGACAAGCGCUCCACGCGACUAUUCCGUCGCAGUUAUCUUUACGGCGCAGGAUUCUCGAUUCGGAUGCCAGCUUUGCCGGGACUUCAAACCAGAGUGGGAUUUGGUUGCCCAGAGCUGGGCUCGUGGUGAUAAACGACAAGAGUCUCGGCUGUUCUUUGGUGUCUUGGAUUUUUCUGAGGGCAGAGAUACCUUUUUAUCGCUUGGUCUUCAAACAGCUCCCGUCUUGAUGUUCUUCCCUCCAACAACAGGACCCCACGCCGUCGCCUCGGUUGAGCCUUUGCGAUACGACUUUACCACUGGAUCUCCCACCGCCGAGCACGUUCGAAACUGGCUGGUCCGCCAUCUUUCUGGCCGCCCUCAUCCCGAGAUCAAGCGCCCCAUCAACUGGUUGAAGUGGGCAUCCCUCUUCACUUUUGUUGCCGGCGCCGUCACUGCCAUGGUCUCCGCGUCACCAUACAUUCUGCCCAUUUUGCAGAACCGGAAUCUCUGGGCCGCAGGCAGCAUGAUUGCUAUUCUCCUCUUUAUUAGCGGUCACAUGUUUAAUCACAUUCGAAAGGUCCCUUAUGUGACGGGAGACGGCAAAGGAGGCAUCACCUACUUUACUGGUGGAUUCCAAAACCAACUCGGGCUUGAAGUUCAGAUUGUUGCCGCAAUUUACGGUGUCCUGAGCUUCUGCACCAUUGCGCUUGCAACCAAGGUCCCACGCAUGACCAGCCCCAAGUCGCAGUCUGUUCUUGUGCUGGUCUGGGGCGGCGCCAUGUUCUUCAUCUACGGCUUCCUGCUCAGCGUCUUUCGUGUCAAGAACUCAAGCUACCCAUUCUCAUUGCCACCGUUCAUGUGA